AUGGUGUCUUUUGUGCAAUUGGUUGUGAAAAUCCGAGAAAUUUUCGAACAAAAGCUGAUUGAUAUCGAUGAAGUCAUGAGAUUGUUGGCUUCGUACAAUAGUAAUAUGCGGGAAUGGAGGAGAUUUGCGAUUUUUGAUCAUAACAAAUACACUCGAAAUCUGGUGGAUGUUGGAAAUGGAAGGUACAACUUGAUGAUUUUGUGCUGGGGACCUGGUAUGGCUAGCAGUGUACACGACCACACCGAAGCUCACUGUUUCGUGAAAAUCUUGGACGGGGAGCUGACCGAGACUAAAUUUGGCUGGCCAAGAAAGCGACAUGUCCCACUAGAUGUUUCGGAGAACAAGACUUAUAAGAAGAACAUGGUUUCUUACAUGAAUGACGACCUUGGUCUUCACCGAAUGGAAAAUCUUAGCCACUCGAAUGGUGCCGUCUCCCUUCAUCUGUAUAUUCCACCGUAUGAUACAUGUAACGCAUUUGAUGAGAGAACCGGAAAGAAAACCAAGUGUACAGUGACAUUCUACUCCAAAUAUGGAAGAAAAAUCGACCACCGGGGAAACAAAAAUGGAUAA